GUCUUGAGUCAGAGUACCAGCCUUGGGGACCCUGGACCACUGUCAUGGAGACUGAGAGUGAGCAGAACUCCAACUCCACCAAUGGGAGUUCCAGCUCAGGGGGCAGCUCUCGGCCCCAGAUAGCUCAAAUGUCACUGUAUGAACGACAAGCAGUGCAGGCUCUGCAGGCACUUCAGCGACAGCCCAAUGCAGCUCAGUAUUUCCACCAGUUCAUGCUCCAGCAGCAGCUCAGUAAUGCCCAGCUGCAUAGCUUGGCUGCCGUCCAGCAGGCUACAAUUGCUGCCAGUCGGCAGGCCAGCUCCCCAAACACCAGCACUAGCCAGCAGCAGCCUGCCAGUACCCAGGCCUCUAUCAAUCUGGCCACUACGUCGGCCGCCCAGCUCAUCAGCCGAUCCCAGAGUGUGAGCUCUCCCAGUGCCACUACCUUGACCCAAUCUGUGCUACUGGGGAACACCACCUCUCCACCCCUCAACCAGUCCCAGGCCCAGAUGUAUCUACGGCCACAGCUGGGAAACCUAUUGCAGGUAAACCGAACCCUGGGCCGGAAUGUGCCUCUAGCCUCCCAACUCAUUCUGAUGCCCAAUGGGGCAGUGGCUGCAGUCCAGCAGGAGGUACCAUCUGCUCAGUCUCCUGGAGUUCAUGCAGAUGCAGAUCAGGUGCAGAACUUGGCAGUGAGGAACCAACAAGCCUCAGCCCAAGGGUCCCAAAUGCAAGGCUCCACUCAGAAGGCCAUUCCUCCUGGAGCCUCUCCUGUCUCUAGCCUCUCCCAGGCCUCUAACCAGACUCUAGCUGUGGCACAGGCCUCUUCUGGGGCCUCAGGCCAAUCUCUCAACCUUAGUCAAGCUGGUGGAGGCAGUGGGAAUAGCAUCCCAGGGUCCCUGGGUUCAGGUGGAGGUGGCCAGGCCCCUGGGGGUUUGGGUCAAUUGCCUUCCUCAGGAAUGGGUGGUGGGAGCUGUCCUAGGAAGGGUACAGGAGUAGUGCAGCCCCUGCCUGCAGCCCAAACAGUGACUGUGAGCCAGGGCAGCCAGACAGAGGCAGAUAGUGCAGCAGCCAAGAAGGCAGAAGCAGAUGGGACUGGUCAGCAGAACGUGGGCAUGAACCUGACACGGACAGCCACACCUGCGCCCAGCCAGACGCUUAUUAGCUCAGCCACCUACACACAGAUCCAGCCCCAUUCAUUGAUACAGCAACAGCAACAGAUCCACCUCCAGCAGAAACAGGUGGUGAUUCAGCAGCAGAUUGCCAUCCACCACCAACAGCAGUUCCAGCACCGUCAAUCUCAGCUCCUCCACACAGCUACACACCUCCAGUUGGCCCAGCAGCAGCAACAGCAACAACAGCAGCAGCAGCAACAGCAGCAGCAGCAGCAGCAAGCCACAACCCUUACUGCCCCUCAGCCAUCACAAGUCCCACCUACUCAGCAAGUCCCACCCUCCCAGUCCCAGCAGCAAGCCCAAACCCUGGUGGUUCAACCCAUGCUUCAGUCUUCACCCUUGUCCCUUCCACCUGACCCAACCCCCAAGCCACCAAUCCCUAUUCAAUCCAAACCAUCUGUAGCACCCAUCAAGCCUCCUCAAUUAGGAGCUGCUAAAAUGUCAGCUACCCAGCAACCACCACCCCACAUCCCUGUGCAAGUUGUAGGUACCCGACAGCCAGGUGCAGCUCAGGCACAGGCUUUGGGGUUGGCACAGCUGGCAGCUGCUGUUCCUACUUCUCGAGGGAUGCCAGGUUCAGUGCAGCCUGGCCAGGCCCAUUUGGCUUCCUCCCCACCUUCAUCCCAGGCUCCUGGUGCUCUGCAGGAGUGCCCUCCUGCAUUGGCCCCUGGGAUGACCCUUGCUCCUGUGCAGGGGACAGCACAUGUAGUAAAGAGUGGAACUACCACCUCCUCACCAGUUGUAGCCCAGGUCCCUGCUGCCUUCUACAUGCAGUCUGUGCAUUUGCCGGGUAAACCCCAGACAUUGGCUGUCAAACGUAAAGCUGAGUCUGAGGAGGACAGAGAUGAGGUCUCUACAUUGAGUUCAAUACUUCCCGCCAAGGCAUCUCCAGUAGCGGAGAGCCCAAAGGUCAUGGAUGAGAAAAGCAGUCUUGGAGACAAAGCUGAACCAGUGGCCAGUGUGAAUACUAAUACCCCAAGCAGUGAACUAGUAGCCUUGACCCCUGCCCCGUCAGCUCCUACACUAGCCUUGGUGUCCAGACAAAUGGGUGACUCAAAACCCCCACAGGCCAUUGUGAAGCCCCAGAUUCUCACCCACAUCAUUGAAGGCUUUGUUAUCCAGGAAGGAGCAGAACCUUUCCCGGUCGGGUGUUCUCAGUUACUGAAGGAGUCUGAGAAGCCACUACAGGCUGGCCUUCCAACAGGGCUGAAUGAGAAUCAAUCAGGUGGCCCCUUGGGGGGGGACAGCCCAUCUGCUGAGUUAGAGAAGAAGGCGAAUCUCCUCAAGUGCGAGUACUGUGGGAAGUAUGCCCCUGCAGAGCAGUUUCGUGGUUCCAAGAGGUUCUGCUCCAUGACUUGUGCUAAGAGGUACAAUGUGAGUUGUAGCCAUCAGUUCCGGCUGAAGAGGAAAAAAAUGAAAGAGUUUCAAGAAGCCAACUAUGCUCGUGUUCGCAGGCGUGGACCCCGCCGCAGCUCCUCUGACAUUGCCCGUGCUAAGAUUCAGGGCAAACGCCACCGGGGUCAAGAGGACUCUAGCCGGGGUUCAGAUAAUUCCAGUUAUGAUGAAGCACUCUCUCCAACAUCUCCUGGGCCUUUAUCAGUAAGAGCUGGGCAUGGAGACCGUGACCUGGGUAAUCCCAAUAUGGCUCCACCUACACCGGAAUUGCACGGCAUCAACCCUGUGUUCCUGUCCAGUAAUCCCAGCCGUUGGAGUGUAGAGGAGGUGUAUGAGUUUAUUGCGUCUCUUCAAGGUACUGAGGGUCUCCAACAGAACCUUAGAACCCAGGUUAUUGAUGGACAGGCCCUUUUAUUACUUAAAGAAGAACAUCUUAUGAGUGCCAUGAACAUCAAACUGGGCCCUGCCCUCAAGAUCUGCGCCAAGAUAAAUGUCCUAAAGGAGACCUAAGGUGGCUUUCUUGCACAAAACAGCCUAAGGCAGACACUCUCCACUGUCCAGGUUAUAACCUGGUACCAGCAGACUUUGCAGGGAAGAAAGAGCUGUUUCAAUCAUGUAACCUUCUAUAGCGGGGAUUACUGAGACCAGAAAGAGAAAAGAAAGAACUGGUUGCUGGUGCUACAUGGUGGCAGCUUUGACAUUUUCUCUGGGUUCUGUUUUGUUUUUAAAGUUCUUUAUAAUUCUCACCUACCUUAAUCCAAUCUCUAUAAAAGAAGCAGUCUAGAGAACUAGGACUGCUCAGCCUUAUCCUGGAGUGGAACUUAGCCAGGGUCUUAAGUUUUCCAAAAGAAGGAAUUACAUAGUAUGGUAAGGCAAGGAAAUGGGUGGAAUGUAGGCUUGCCUCCCCAGUGGGAGAGGUAGGGUUUUCCUAGCUUGUGUGACACAAGUAGCAAAAUCUGAUACUUCCUCUUCCCUCUGGAUUGUCCCACUGUAGCUGUGGCUCAGAGCUUUUUCUUUGUUGUCACUUACUCCCUUCGUAUUGGAUAUUUUCUCCUGCAUCCACGGCAGGAUUCCCAGCCAGUGUAGAGAUAUGGUUGGUAUCUUUCUGAUUUGCUGCAGGGACUAAAGUGUUUGACUGGCACGUGUGGCUGUUAUUCUUUUUGCAUCCCCUGUUCCUUUUCAAUUUAAUGUCUUCUACCCUACUUUUCAGUUCUAACUCUACUCUGUCCUAUAGCUUUAUAAAACAGGAGUGUGUGGGCUGAGGUCAGGAGUAUAAGUACCUGCCUCAGGCGCUAUUCCUUAUACAAAAAAAUAUUAAAUAUUUUUUCUUCUUCAGUAAAAGGAUGAAAA